GGAGGAGGAGGCUAAGCCAGAGACAGAGAGGGGGGAGCGAAAGGGGGAGAUUUUGCUGUGGUCUCUGGGCUGAUUGGAAGAGGCAAUCAGCGAUCCGCGGCCGCAGGAUUAGCAGCUAAACUUUGACUGCGCCCUUUGGUGCGGGCGGAGGUGUGCAGAUGGACGAGGAGAGGAGCCGCUCCAGGCGGGGGAGCUUUGCGAUUUCCCUUUGGCAGGUGCAGUUCAGGGAGGAAUUCAUGGAGCGUUUUGUCCGCUCCGGGAAGUGAUUAGGGGUGGGGAAACGAUUCCUCUCCUCUUCCUCUGCCAGUUUUGACACCAUUCUUUCCUCACCACCGCCACCCUCGCACCCUUCCCCUCCCCUUCCCCCGCGGUGAAUGAAUGGAAGAGUCUCCGGGGUUUUCCUCUGCCUCUUGCCCUGAGCCGGAGAAGUGAGGGGACAUCUCUCUGUCCUCAGCCAUCUCUCUCUGUCUCGCUCCAUCAUCCAUUCCCGAGAGGAUUCCAGGCGGUGCAAUGUGCUUGCAGCCUCUUGCCGCCGCUGCCACUUGACUCUUCUGCUGCACGCAGGGAGAGGGUUCUGCAGAAAUGGAUUUGUUCGAUUCUAAAGGAUUCCUGCUCUCGUAAGGAUCGCAUUGCACACACAGAUAUGACUGAAGCCCCUGUCUGGUAAAUCUGCCUUUCCCCCCACCCCUUCUCUUUGGGUUCCCUCCCGCCCGCCCCCACCCCUUCAGAGGAGCAAGCACAGGGAGCUGAUGACGGACCCAUUAAUCCCUUCUUCAAUGCAUCAAAAGAAGCCCAAGGGCUGGAAGUGGCUGGGCUCGGAGUCCUGCAGGAAACGCUUCGACCUGCUUCUGGUUUUGUAUGAAACUGGUGACUAGGGGCUCGGCUCGCCCCGCCGCCGCCCGCCGGCACCUGGAUGCGCGGGUCCCCGCCGCCGCCGCUCCCGCCGCGAUGCAGCGCUUCUGCUGGUGCUGAUGGCAGCUCGGGUGUGAUGGGGUUGAGCCGGCGGUGAUUAUUGGAAGGGAGAGCGAGCGACAGGAAGGGCUGCUCCGCUCUGCUCCGCGCCUGGGCUUCGGGGUUCAUUUUUUUUCUUCUUCUUUUCCUACUUCCAUCCUCUCCCCGCCACUGGAAGUCCUCCCGUAUCUAAAUGGAAUUAGUGGAGACCGAAGCCCCUUGUGUAAGGCACAGACAUGACCCAUGGGCGCAGCUUCUUUCACAUUGUAGCAAGUCUCAUCAUCCUGCAUUUGUCUGGGGCGACCAAAAAGGGAGCAGAAAAGCAAGCUCCUGCCGAAGGACAGAGACCAGUGCAGUGUGGAACCUGGACCAAAUCUGCAGAAGGAGGCAUCUUCACAUCUCCCAAUUACCCCAACAAGUAUCCUCCUGACAGAGAGUGUGUCUACAUCAUAGAAGCUGCCCCUAGACAAUGCAUUGAACUCCACUUCGAUGAGAAAUACUCCAUAGAGCCUUCUUGGGAGUGUAAAUUUGACCACAUCGAAGUCCGGGAUGGACCUUUUGGCUUUUCCCCCAUCCUUGGGCGUUUCUGUGGACAGCAAAAUCCACCCAAGAUAAAAUCCAGUGGGAGAUUCCUGUGGAUCAAGUUCUUUGCUGAUGGAGAGCUGGAGUCUAUUGGAUUCUCUGCUCGGUACAACUUCACACCUGAUCCAGAUUUUAAGGACCUUGGUGCUUUGAAACCCUUGCCAGUGUGUGAGUUUGAGAUGGGAGGACCUGAAGGCAUUGUGGAAUCUGUGCAGAUUGUCAAGGAAGGAAAAGCUUCAGAGACGGAAGCGGUAGACUGUAAAUGGUACAUCCGAGCACCGCCCCGCUCCAAGAUCUACCUGCGGUUCCUGGACUACGAGAUGCAGAAUUCCAACGAGUGCAAAAGGAACUUUGUGGCUGUCUACGACGGGAGCAGCUCGGUGGAGGACCUGAAGGCCAAGUUCUGCAGCACGGUGGCCAACGACGUGAUGCUGCGGACGGGGCUGGGAGUCAUCCGCAUGUGGGCAGACGAAGGCAGCCGCAACAGCCACUUCCAGAUGCUCUUCACAUCCUUCCAAGAACCCCCCUGUGAAGCCAAUGCAUUCUUUUGCCACAGUAAUAUGUGCAUCAACAACACCUUGGUCUGCAAUGGGCUGCAGAACUGUGUGUACCCCUGGGAUGAAAACCACUGCAAAGAGAAGAGGAAAGCCAACCUGCUGGACCAGCUGACCAACACCAGUGGGACGAUCAUCGGGGUGACAUCCUGCAUCGUGAUCGCCCUCAUCGUGGUCUCUGUGGUGGUGCAGAUCAAGCAGCCUCGGAAGAAGUUUGUGCAGAGGCCAGCAGGCUUUGACCAAACGGUGUUCCAGGAGGUCUUUGAGCCCCCCCACUACGAGCUGUGCACGCUGAGGGGGCCAGGCCACGCCGCCGAGCUGGCUGAUGUGGCAGACGACUUCGAGAGCUACCACAAGCUGCGCAGGUCCUCGUCCAAAUGCAUUCACGACCAUCACUGUGGAUCCCAAGUGUCCAGCAUCAAGGGCAGCCGGAGCAACCUCAGCACCAGGGAUGCUUCUGUGCUGACAGAGAUCCAGCCCCAGCCUGUCAAGCCACUCAUCCAGCCUGUCAACAGGAGGAACAUCCUGGUCAUGAAGCAUAGCUACUCGCAGGAGGCUGCGGACGCCUGCGAGAUAGACGAGAUCGAGGAGGUGCCCACCACGAGCCACAGGCUGGCCAGGCACGACAAAGCUGUCCAGAGGUUCUGCCUCAUUGGGUCUCUGAGCAAGCAUGAGUCUGAGUACAACACCACGAGGGUCUAGGAGCCAAGCUGGAGCCUGCUUGGGAUCGGAGCUCUCCUGGCUGUGACUUGGGACAUGCUCCAAGGGAAUGUGGAACUGUCACCCGUGGACACCAGCUAAGAGGUUUGAUGGGGACUCUCUGACCACCUGACAACAAAGAAAUCAGGUGUUGAGUGCAAUCCCUAGAAGGCAAUAAGACUUUGGUUAUCCUGCUCCUUGGGCAUUUCUCUUCUCUUCUUUCUUUUCUUCUUCUUUUCUUUCUCUCUUCUCUGUUUUUUGGUUGCAAGUUAAAAUCCCCACUUCCAGGAAGGAUUGGUUUGCAAAAUCAGGGUCUUUUUAGCCAUUUCAGCAUCACUUGAAGAGAACUGUUGUGCUGGACCAGCCCCCCUCCCCCCCCAGCAAUAGGACUGGACUGGACACUGAAGACACUUAACCUGCAUGUGUGCUCCUGGAGGUUUGGAGUUGGCAGAGUUCCCUUUCUUAGCUGCCAUUGUACAAAGCAUGCCCCCACGGCCCCUGCUGCUUCUCUCCCAUGGCUCUGUCACAUGCUUGCUACUUGUAACUUUUUAUAUAAAGACAGAUAAAACUAUGGAUAAUAAUUUUCUUA